CAUUCACUUUUCCAAAUUCAACACAAGAGCCUAUCCUUUCUCACCCUAAACCAAUGGUUAUGAUCAACCACCUUUUCACAUCCAACGCUCAUCAUUCACCUCACUCUUAACAACCAUCCAUUAUUCAUAUCAAUGAUUGUUGGGUCCCACCAUCUUCCUUAUAAUCACCCUCUCAUAAUACUCUCCUUUCCUAUACACACUCUCAUUUCUUCAACAUUUUCUUGUAAACCAUUAACAAUGGCAACUUCCUCAUCACUAACUCUAUCUCAUCAAACUCUCUUAUCACACUCCAAGACUCACAUCACAACCAAGUCAACCGCCUCGAUAUUAGUGCCAACUACCUCCUCCAAGGUCAAUGGAGUACUCCUUAAGUCAAACUCAAGAAGGCGGCGCGUGGGAUCACUUGCCACCAUUGUCAGGGCUGCAGCUGUGGAAACACUCGAGUCGACCGAUACAGAACAAGUUGUUGAAAAGUCUAUAAAUACUAUAAGGUUCUUGGCUAUUGAUGCUGUUGAGAAGGCAAAUUCGGGUCAUCCGGGUUUACCCAUGGGUUGUGCACCCAUGGGUCAUAUAUUGUAUGAUGAAGUUAUGAGGUAUAACCCGAAAAACCCGUAUUGGUUUAACCGUGACCGGUUUGUUCUUUCUGCGGGUCAUGGUUGUAUGCUUCAAUAUGCUCUUCUUCACCUUGCUGGCUAUGACAGUGUCUUGGAAGAAGAUUUGAAGACUUUCCGUCAAUGGGGAAGCAAGAUUCCUGGUCACCCUGAGAAUUUCGAGACUCCGGGAGUUGAAGUUACUACCGGGCCAUUGGGUCAGGGUAUUGCCAAUGCUGUUGGUUUGGCUCUUGCAGAGAAGCAUUUAGCUGCAAGAUUCAACAAACCCGAUGCUGAAAUCGUUGAUCAUUACACGUAUGUCAUUCUUGGUGAUGGGUGUCAAAUGGAAGGGAUAGCUCAGGAAGCUUGCUCUUUAGCCGGUCAUUGGGGGCUUGGAAAAUUGAUUGCCCUUUAUGAUGAUAACCAUAUUUCUAUUGAUGGGGACACUGCUAUAGCCUUCACCGAGAAUGUGGACUUGCGUUUUGAGGCUCUCGGCUGGCAUGUUAUAUGGGUGAAGAACGGUAACACAGGUUACGAUGGAAUUCGUGCUGCUAUCAAGGAAGCUCAGGCAGUGAAAGACAAACCUACUUUGAUCAAGGUUACAACUACCAUUGGUUUUGGAUCUCCGAAUAAGUCAAACUCAUACAGUGUUCACGGAAGUGCAUUGGGUGCAAAGGAAGUCGAGGCGACAAGGCAGAAUCUUGGUUGGCCUUACGAGCCAUUCCAUGUUCCAGAAGAAGUUAAAAAGCAUUGGAGUCGCCACACUCCUGAAGGAGCAUCUCUGGAAGCUAGUUGGAAUGCAAAGUUCGCAGAGUACGAGAAGAAGUACCCUGCAGAAGCAGCAGAGUUUAAGUCGAUCGUUACUGGUGAAUUGUCGGCUGGUUGGGAGAAGGCACUUCCUACUUACACACCUGAAACCCCCGGUGAUGCAACCCGAAACCUGUCGCAACAGUGCUUAAACGCCCUUGCAAAAGUUCUUCCAGGACUUCUUGGUGGUAGUGCUGAUCUUGCAUCUUCAAAUAUGACCUUACUAAAAAUGUUCGGAGACUUCCAAAAGGACACACCCGAAGAAAGAAAUGUUCGAUUUGGUGUCAGAGAACACGGAAUGGGGGCUAUAUGUAACGGCAUUGCCCUUCACAGUCCAGGAUUCAUCCCAUACUGUGCUACCUUCUUUGUGUUCACUGACUACAUGCGAGGAGCAAUGAGAAUCUCGGCUUUGUCAGAGGCCGGAGUCAUCUAUGUUAUGACCCACGAUUCCAUUGGUCUUGGAGAAGACGGGCCUACCCAUCAGCCUAUCGAGCACUUAGCAAGUUUCCGUGCUAUGCCCAACAUCUUAAUGCUCCGUCCAGCUGAUGGAAACGAGACUGCUGGUGCAUACAAAGUCGCAGUUGAACACCGAAAGACACCAUCUAUUCUCGCUCUUUCUAGACAAAAGCUACCUAACCUACCCGGAACAUCCAUCGAAGGAGUCGAGAAAGGAGGGUACACAAUCACCGACAACUCAUCAAGCAACAAGCCUGAUAUAAUUCUGAUGGGAACCGGUUCUGAGCUCGAAAUUGCUGCUAAAGCUGGCGAUGCGCUAAGAAAAGAAGGGAAAACCGUCAGAGUUGUAUCACUCGUGUCUUGGGAGUUAUUCGACAAGCAACCCGAUGAAUACAAGGAGAGCGUUCUUCCUUCAAGUGUAACCGCAAGAGUAAGCAUCGAGGCUGGAUCAACCUUCGGAUGGGGCAAGUACAUUGGAGCGAAGGGAAAGGCUAUCAGUAUUGACAAGUUUGGCGCGAGUGCACCCGCAGGAACGAUAUAUAAGGAAUAUGGAAUUACAGUUGAGGCAGUCAUUGAAGCUGCAAAAUCAGUCUCAUAGGUUGUGUUAUUGAAAAUUCUUUUUUGCCUCCAGGUGAGUUAAAGGCCUACUGUAUUAGUUGCUCAAAAGAAAGCAUGUUUAGUCCCAUAUGUCAAGAUUCAAGUCUAAGACAUUGUUAGACUAUGCAUGUUUUUCUAUUUAUAUGAAAACUUUGAUCAAAUAUGAAGUUUGGACAUUCCAUUUUUGGACAGGAACGAUAAUAACAACAGUGAAGUUGAUCUAUGAAA